AUGUCGGCUCACGUCGUCCGCCGCCGCCUCCUCGCCGUUGCCCUGGUUGCUUUCGCCGCGGCGACGAUGCAGGCGGCGCCGGCCGCCGCGGAGGACACCAUCCUGGGCUACAAGUGCGGCAUGCCUGUGGCUGCGGCUGCGGGGGCAGGCAACAGCAGCGACGCCGCCUACAGGUCCAACCUCAACGCACUGGCCGCCACCCUCAUCGCGGGCGCGCGGGCCAACGGUUCAGCCAUCGGCGCGUCCGGCACAUCAUCGUCGUCGCCCGACGCCGCCUACGGCCUCGCGCUCUGCCGGGGGGACUUCAGGGGUGACGCCUGCGCGCGGGGGCUCCGCGAUGCCCUAUCCAGCGCCAUCAACGACUCCGAGAACGCUUUCGGCUGCGGCCCGCGCCUGAGAGACAUCACUCUCUUCUACGACCGCUACCAGCUGCGGCUCUCCGGCGCUGACUUCCUCUCCGGCACCGACGGUGGCAACGCGCCCAGGUGGGCUGGGAACAACACCAACUUCGUGACCCCCCGACGCGGCGCGCCGGUUCGACGCGCUCGUCCGCGAGCUGGUCACCACCAUUGCCGGCAUCGCCGCGGGCAAGCCCGGCAGUGCACCGUCGACAUGUCGCCGGACCGGUGCCGCGCGUGCCUCGACGGCCUCAUCUCGGCGUUCCCGGCCACGUUUCCCAGCGGGCAGCAUGGCGGGAGAAUCCUUGUGCCGCGGUGCACCGUGCGGUACGAGACGGACGACACCUUCUUUAACACCGCCGACUUAUCAGUCGACCUGCACAAGCAAAAACAGGCCAAACCGAGCAAGGCUUGGCUCUGGACCACCAUAGCCGUUGUUUCUCUACUUUUGUUGUCUGCUAGUUUUCUUCUCCAUAGAUGGAUCAAAAUACGGCAAAAGCGAGAACUUGCUCGGUCGGAAUUACGGAGGUUGUCUAUAGCUGUUAAAAAUGUGAUCAACCUCUGGAGAUUGGAAGAAGGCAACUCAGGGUUUUCGCUCUACGACUUCUCUCAGAUGAAAGGCGCUACCAAUGGAUUUUCGAUUGAAAACAAACUCGGACAAGGUGGUUUCGGUGCUGUCUACAAGGGAGUGCUGCCUGAUGGACUUGAAAUAGGAGUGAAAAGACUUGGCCCAUGUUCUUUGCAAGGUUUGCUAGAGUUCAAGAAUGAGAUCCAGCUCAUUGCAAAGCUUCAGCACAGGAAUCUAGUCAGGCUGCUGGGCUGCUGUAUUGAAGGGGAGCACGAGAAGAUUCUGGUCUAUGAGUACAUGCCAAACAAAAGCCUAGAUCUCAUCAUCUUCGACAGUAAAAAAGGAGCAUCAUUAGAUUGGCCUAAACGUCUGAAUAUAAUUGACGGGAUAGCCCAGGGGCUUCUCUACCUUCACAUCCACUCGCGCCUCUGCGUGGUCCACAGGGAUCUCAAAGCCAGCAACAUUCUCUUGGACAGCGAGAUGAACCCUAAAAUCUCAGAUUUUGGGAUGGCCAGGAUAUUCAGCUCUAGCGUGGCCGAGUCAAACACCACUCGAAUUGCAUGGCUGCUGUGGAGAGCCGGGCAAUGGCCGGAGCUGGUGGACCGCAGCUUAGGGAGCGGAACGUAUGACUACACCAUGGAGAGGCACAUCCACGUGGCGCUCCUGUGCGUGCAGGAGAGCGCGGAAGACCGCCCCGCCAUGGACGAGGUCGUCAGGAUGCUGAGCAGCGGCGAGGUCGGCGCGGCCCUCCCGGAGCCGAAGCAGCCGGCGUACUUCAACGUGCGCCCCGUCGGCACGGAGAUGUCGGCGUCCUGCGACAUGACCAUCAGCAUAACCUUGUCGAGAUAG